AUGUUUGAAGGUUUGCUAAACUUAGGUACAAAGCCGUAUGUUUGCGACGUGUGCGGAAAGGCUUUCCAUCAAAAUGGCAAUUUCCGAAAUCAUCGAAUGACACAUGAAGAUCGGAAGAGAUUUCAGUGUCCCAUUUGCAAAAAGGGUUUCCAUCAGGCAUACAAUCUCGCCUUUCACAUGCAUACACAUACGAAGGAGAAGCCUUUUCAAUGCUCGGCCUGCGGCAAAGGAUUCUGUCGGAACUUCGAUUUGAAAAAACAUACAAAACGGAUGCACAUUGAUAAUAUUUCUCAAUAA